CGAAGAUAUAUACUGUACUACCAUUAGUUCCAGUUCCAGCAUAUUCUUAUAAUUCUUGUCCUUUUACUUUUCUUUUCUUGUUCAGAGAAAGAGAGGAUGUAAACCAGUGGAGAUGACAGUUUAGUUUUCCCUCAGAUGACCUCUCUCUCACUGUCCCCUUCUCACCAAUUUUAGUCCUUAAAGCCAUCAGUCUCUUCCAACUAGUAGUCAAGUUAAUCUAUGGCUCAACAGGAAGAAGGGUGGCCACUUGGGCUGCAACCAUUGAAUGUAAGAGGUGGGCAAGUCAGAAACCGUGGAUUUAAUGGAUCACUUUCCUUCAAUACUUUGAUCACUGGUUCUCCUUCCUCUUCCACUGAUUCUUCUUCUGAUCUUGAUACUGAGUCUACUGCUUCUUUCUUCCAUGACAAGAGCAUAACUCUAGGAAGUCUCAUAGGAAUUACCAGCAUUUUAGAGCUUUCAGGAAGAUCAACAAGAAGAAGAACAGUAGUAGUUGAACCUAUAUUAAGGGACAAGAAGAAGAGGAAUAACAACAAAUCAAGAACUUGGUUAUUCUCUCUAUGCUCAAAGCUAAGUACUGAUGCAGUAAACAUAAAUAACAAUUCUUCUCCAUCUUUAGGCCAUUUUCUUGAAGCAGAAAGAAGAGCUUCUGCUUCCAAUAAUGCUUAUGGACUUGAUGAUUUCAAUCUAUUAUCAGAUUCAAAUAUGAAUAAUUCAUUGUUCAUUGAUGGCCAAAUUGCUCCUCCUGAUGAGUCAAGAAAAGAGUUAUUUGAGCUAGAUGAAAAUGGUCAUGGAAGUCCUUUGAUUUUCUCAUGCUUAUGUGGGCACUUAGUUCAUUAAUUGACUGAUUUCAAUCAUUUUUUUCAAAUGUUGUGAAAUUUUUAUUACCAUUGUUGUUGUCUCCUUGAAAAGGAACAUUUGGUUUAAUGGGUAGAGGAUUGUUUAUUUGAUUCACGAGGGGGUGAUGAAAUCUUGCAAUUCUUGAGUAUUUGUUAUUGCCAUCAUUGGAAGUAUUAAAUUAAUUUUCUUUCAACA